CUCCCUACUGGUCACAGUACCCUUGGAAAGGAAGGGGUGGGGCCAGCACCCUUCCUGAAAGCUGCUGCCCCCACAGAGCUGCCUGGGCCCCUGGGGUUGCUGACCGCCGCCCCCCCCCCCCAUCAGGCACCCCUCAACUUCCCAGCCAGGGAUUCCCUGGCCCGCUCUGGGUGGAGAAAUCGAGAUCCGGGAAGGGGGUCUCCUGCAGAGGCGAGUGGCUUUGCGCCCAGCCUUGGUUGCUGGACUGUGGACAGCCCCUGGGUCUUCAGGGGACACACAGCGACUCUGCCAGCAGUGAGCCAGGAGCGGGGCAUGGGUGCACCCCUCACCGAAACAGCACCCGUUUUCCCAAGGAGGCGGCAGACGCGGGGAGGUUGGGUCACUCGCCUGGAGGGUCUAAGGGAGAGCGCGGCCUCGUCCUUCGGGCUGCCCUUCUCCCCGCCAGCGCCCCCAUUCCCGGCGGCGCCCGGGCCCUGGCUGCACCGACCCCUUUUCAGCCUGGAGCUGUCCGACGCGGAGGACGCCUUCCCGCGCCGCGCGGGGCCGCUCGAGAUCCCGGCCGACAGCCGCGUGUUCGUGCAGGCAGCCCUGGCCCGUCCCUCUCCGCGCUGGGACCUCGUCCUGCACCGCUGCUCAGUGACACCGUCCUCCCGGCCGGCCCCGGGGCCCGCCCUGGCGCUGCUGCGCGGGGGCUGCCCCGCCGACUCCUCGGUCGUCUUCCCGCCGCCGCCGCCGCCGCUCCCGGGUGCUGCCCGUCCCGCGCGCUUCAGCUUCAGCUUCCGCCUGCGCCCGGUCUUCAACGCCUCGGUGCAGUUCCUGCACUGCCAGCUGAGUCGCUGUCGCCGCCUCCGGGGAGCCCGCCGGACGCCCGCGCCUCUGACGCUGCCCCCGCCCUCGCUGUGUCUGCCUCGGGAUGAGGCGUGCGCGGGCGCUGGCAGCGGCAGCGGCAGCGGCGAGAGCCCGGGUGCCGACAGCCCCCACCUGCACACGCUGACGCAGCCCAUCGUGGUCACGGUGCCGCGGCCACCCCCCAGGCCGUCCAAGGGCGUCCCCGGCCGAGCCGUGCGCCCCGAGCCGCCUGCGCCGGCCCCGGCGGCCCUGGAGCCCGCGCCGGUGGUGGCGCUGGUGGUGGCGGCCUUCGUGCUGGGCGCCGCGCUGGCUGCCGGCCUCGGCCUCGUCUGUGCGCGUUCAGCACCCCAGCCCCCGGCGCCCUCCCGAGAGACUCGGCCGGCGGCCCCCAGCCCAGGAGGCCCCAGUGAGAUCGAUGGAGGAGGCCGAUGAUCAGCUGGGAAGGGGGUGUCCUCUACUUCGUUCGGCCUGGGUAGCCUCUCCCCAGGGCUGGCACACCCCCAGCGGGGUCCUGAGACACACCAGCCACGCCUCGAACCAGGUCCGCCAGGACUGGAUCGGCCGAGGUCGACCUCUGACCCGAUGGGACCGCCAUCCCAGCGUCCUGCACCCUCCCGCCUCCGACCCGCUGCUCCGCACACCCUCCCACCUGGGCUCAAAAUAAACAUCUGGUCUGACCUGCUGAGUUUGAAGUCUGCGUGUGCGCUUGGCGCAGGUGUAGGGGGCAGGAAGCAGAGGCCUCGGGACCAGGACUUAGGGGGGUCUGGGCUGAAAGAGGUCCAGACUGAUACCCUUAUGUGCGUGUGCCAGGGGAGAUUCAAGUGUUGUCCUAAACAGAAAGGGAUACCCAACCCCACCUGCUUAAGUUUUAAGUAAGCCCCGCCUCCUUCCUCAACCCCUGCGCCUGCCCACCUGCCUCUUGCGAUCUUCCCAAAGCCAG